GUGGAUUCGUGUGUCAAUCGGAGCGCGCUCCCGGUGCAUAUGGUGGAGGGAAGCCACGUUGACACCAAUUAAUGCUUUACCGCUUGAAACCGCGAGCAGAACAGAAGCUUCCGUUCGUUGUGUCGUUGAAGGUGUGACAUCAGCACAAUGAGUGUUGGGUUUAUCGGAGCGGGUCAGCUGGCACACGCGCUGGUCAAAGGCUUCACAGCGGCCGGUGUAAUCACUGCCGGUCGAAUCACAGCCAGUGCUCCUGACAUGGAUCUGCCCACUGUGUCCGGUCUGAGGAAAAUGGGUGUCAAUUUUACCACAAGCAACAAAGAAGCGACACACAAGAGUGAUGUUCUGUUCCUGGCGGUCAAACCUCACAUCAUUCCCUUCGUUCUGGAUGAAAUCGGUCCAGAUAUUGAGGAUCGGCAUCUCAUCGUCUCCUGUGCUGCCGGGGUCACCAUCAGCUCCAUUGAGAAGAAACUGCUUCAGUAUCGGACGGCACCGAAGGUGAUGCGCUGUAUGACCAACACUCCAGUGGUGGUGCGGGAGGGGGCGACGGUUUACGCCACAGGAACGCACGCAGAGGUGGAGGACGGCAAACUCCUGGAGCAGCUGAUGGCCAGCGUGGGUUUCUGUACGGAGGUGGAGGAAGACCUCAUCGAUGCCGUGACGGGUCUCAGUGGUAGCGGACCGGCUUACGCUUUCACAGCGCUCGAUGCUCUCGCUGACGGUGGGGUGAAGAUGGGGUUGCCACGGAGACUGGCACUGAGACUGGGAGCACAGGCGUUACUGGUAUGAAACAUGUUACUUCACAGACAUACUGUCAUGUUUUAAUAAAAGUUUAUGACGUGUGCUUGAGCGUUUAAUGAAAUGAAAGUUGUGAUGGAACUUUUGUUAAAUGUUAAAGGUUCAAAAGACAGAAAGGGCUGAAUUAUAAUCUGGAGAGUUGUUUGAAAGCGAGACUCUUGUCCUAUAUCAUUGUUUGUGCUACAUGACAGUGUAUCUUUAAAUACUUCACAU